AUGGCCAAGGAUCUAGAGACCUCUACUUUGAGCUCGUGGUCGCUGAUUGGGGCUCAGUACGAUGGCGACGGCAUCUUGCCCGUCAGCAACGCCGGAUCCGACUACAUGUCCUACACCAAACUUAACUACCCCGCCGCCUUCGCCUCGGAAGGCGAUCCGCUUAAGGGCGGUUUUCCUGGGGAUAUAGAUCCCUACGUACAUGGGGUCAAUGAUACCAUGUAUGUCGAUGAUGAGAGGGGUUACUUCUCUAUUGACCAUAUGGCAAGGUUCUCGGAGCUGGCGAUUGCGUUUGCGAUCGAACAGGCAGGUUGGGAUAAUUCCUGGCGACGAUUGGAGUAG